AUGUUCAAGCCACUCUCUCCCCCUCUCGCCUCCCUCCAAACUGCCCAGCCCGCUCUCCGCAGCAUUGCUCCCCAGCGCCGCGGAUACCACGAGAAGGUGCUGGACCACUACAACAACCCCCGCAAUGUCGGCUCCAUGCAGAAGGGCGACCAGGACGUCGGCACCGGACUCGUCGGUGCCCCCGCCUGCGGCGAUGUCAUGAAGCUGCAGAUCCGCGUGAACAAGGACUCCGGCCGCAUCGACGAUGUCGUCUUCAAGACCUUCGGCUGUGGCAGUGCCAUCGCCUCCUCCAGCUAUCUGACCGAGCUUGUCCGUGGCAUGACCCUCGACCAGGCCGGCAAGAUCAAGAACACCGAUGUGGCGAAGGAGCUGUGUUUGCCUCCCGUCAAGCUCCACUGCUCCAUGCUCGCUGAGGAUGCUAUCAAGUCUGCUAUCGCCAACUACUACACCAAGAACCCCAACACCCGUGUCACUGAUCUCUCCGGGACGGGCGGCUCCAUUCCCGAUGUCAAGGUCGAGAUCGAGCAGACAUCCACCCCCGCUGCUGCUAUCUAA